AUGGUGCGCGACGACCAACUUAGGGCCCGAAGUUGCUAUGUUUCGACAGUCAAAUCUACCAAUUCAAGCCAGCGGCAUGAGGCCCUCUCAGUGACUAAAGCCCAACCCCCUCCUCAGGCCGGCGCUGAAAGACAUGAGGACUCUAGGGAGGAACCUGUCACCCAACAGGCUAAACCUGUGGAGGACCCUAAACUUGUUUGCCUUUAUGACGACCUCCCGAAUCGGUAUGUCCAGAUCGGCACUGCCCUCUGGCCCGACCUUCACUCCGCCUUUAUAGACUUCCUUCAUUUGAACUCCGUGGUCUUUGCCUGGUCCUACAACAACAUGCCUGGCAUAUCGCCAUAUAUCAUUUCCCUGCAAUUAAGCAUUAACCCUAUCGUCUAA